ACAGGGAAAGGGCGAGCAAGGCCCCCUAGCCGCAGAACAUCCAUACGCGGGAUCGUGGACACAACUGAGCCAUACGCGACAGUUCUACCGGACGCCACAUCAUCACCCCGGGGCAGAGAGCGGAGUCCUCGAACCAUACAAAAGGCGCCCCCACCAGAGGCCACUCUCUCUGAAGCACCCGCAGAACCCUCCCCGGCUCCCGAAUCGGGCAUAGCAGUAGUAGGAGCAACAGCCAUCGAGCAUCCAGCCCCAUCUCCACCAGGGCCCCAAGGCGCCCCACCCGCCACUCCAACUUCAAAGAUGUCCAAAAAAGCAUCUCCCGGUGCACCAAUGAAUUUGACAGUGGAUGAUGUGAACGACAACUCUGUGACUCUGACCUGGGAUGCACCAGAGAUUGUGGGCUCUUCUGGCGUGGAUGGAUACAUGGUGGAGUACUGCAAAGAUGGAACUAUAGACUGGGUGACAGCCAACACUAAGCCCUUCCUUUCUACCCGUUAUAUAAUCGGCAAUCUGACAUCUGGAGAUAAACUUCACAUUCGUGUGAAAGCUGUGAAAGGUGAUGGAGUUAGUGACCCAGCAGUCCUGGACCAGCCACUCCUCAUCAGAGAGGUUCUUGAGCACCCCAAGAUCCGACUGCCACGCUACUUGAGAGAAUUAUACAUGAGGACUGUGGGAGAUGUGGUGAAUCUGAUGAUUCCUUUCUGGGGAAAGCCAAAGCCACAGGUGACCUGGACCAAAGAAGGCCAACCUUUGGAUCUCAAGCGAGUGAAUGUGCGCAACAGUGAGAGGGACUCCAUCUUCUUUAUCCGUGAAGCACAGCGCAAGGAUUCUGGAAAAUAUGAAAUAACCGUUAAGAUCUUAGAUGAACUAGAAGACAAGGCUACCGUUGAUCUACAGGUGAUUGAGAGGCCAGGCCCACCUGAGAACCUGAAGUUGGUGGAUGUAUGGGGCUUUAAUGUGGCAUUGGAAUGGAGCCCACCCAGAGAUAAUGGCAAUGCAGAUCUCAAAGGUUACACAGUCCAAAAAGCAGACAUGAAGACUGGUCAAUGGUUCACAGUUCUGGAACACUACAACCAUACCAGCUGCACAGUCUCCGAUCUCAUAAUUGGCAAUAGCUACUCCUUCCGAGUUUUUUCAGAGAACCCCUGUGGCCUCAGUGAGAAGCCUGCUGUCACCAAGGAUGUGGCUCACAUCAAAAAAUCAGCUAUCAUGCACAAAUCAGAGAAGGUCAAUAGCAGGGAUUUGUCUGAACCUCCAAAAUUCACCCAGCCUCUCACUGACAGAACUACCACCCGGGGCUAUAGUACCCAGCUUGUCUGUUGUGUCCGGGGAUUCCCAAUGCCCAAAGUGAUCUGGAUGAAAAACCAAAUGGAGAUUCGAGAAGACCCCAAGUAUCUCGCCCUCAUGAACCAAGGUGUUUGCUCUCUAGAAAUCCGCAAGCCUAGCCCUUUUGAUGGUGGUGUCUAUACCUGCAAAGCUGUGAAUCCUUUGGGGGAAGCUUCUGUAGACUGCAGGCUGAAUGUAAAAGUCCCAGAAUGAGGAUGACACAGAGUCGAAUGAAGCGCAAGACGGGUUUGAGUGUUUCCAGUUCAAGGCCACCCAGACCCUUUACAAAACUCCCUCUUGGGUUCCCUGCUGUGGAGCAGUGCCCUAUUCACGCACUCAACUCUGUGGUUCCUGGAAGAAAUCCUCAGCUUGGAGAUGAAGCUGCUGCUAUGUCUUCUCAAAAACAAACUUCGUAGAGGACAGAAUCUGCUAUUGCGAUGGCUCUACAAAGAACACUGGCCAUGUCUCCUGUUACAUGGACACUUGUCAUUUACUCCUUUCUGGUUUUUGACUCUUCAGUACAGUCCUUAUCAAUGUGGAAUAAAUGUGCAUUUUGCAUGAUGAUAAUAAUAAAAAAUCUUAUUGAGAAA